AUGCCUGGGCUGGGAGAGGCCCUUGCUUUUCUCCAUGAGCUUCGACAAAACCUCCGCGACCAACGCGACCAGCGAAAGCUGGAGAGGGCGAUGAAAAUCGUCCGAGAUGCGGAGGAACGCCUGCAAAAGAAGGACACAAAACCCAAUGGAAUAAUUCAACAGAGGAAAUUCCUACUCGGAAUAUCUGGACAACAUUAUGCGCAAUAUUUCCUCAAUUUCCGGAAAACUCGCCUCAGCAUGUAUCACACCGCGUAG